AAGUUUUUUUUUCGUAUUCCCAGCAAAUGCGCCAUAAUUAAAUGUUGAAAAUAUUACAACGAGUUACAAUGAACGUGUAAUUGUUAAUUGAGAGUGGUAUUGUGCUGUGCAUUGUGGUUAUUUCGGCAUUUAUAGAAGCGAGGCUGUGGUCGUAGUCUUGGAAUUUGCAACUUUUUGCCGCUGCUGCAUCAUUUGUGAAAAUUGUUUCUUUCGACGGCCCCAAAUCAGUGCGCGCUCAGCCCACGCUCGUAGCUGACGGCAUGGCGGACAUUAUUUACCCCAAUGGCUGUCGGCCGCUUGUUGAAGAUUUGGGCACCGAUGAGCUCAUACGUCGCCUAAAGACUUUGGCGAACGUGUUGCAAACAAUGGAUCAGGAUGACAAUCUACAUCAGCAGUACAUACCAUUGGCCCUGCAUUUACUUGACGAUUUUUUCAUACACCAUCAGAGUCGAGAUGUCCAGUUGCUCAUUGCUUGUUGCGUGGCGGAUGUGUUACGGGUUUACGCACCCGAGGCACCGUACAAAGAACAGGAACAGAUCAAGACUAUUUUCAAAUUUUUUAUCAAGCAGUUGCAUGGACUGAAAGAUCCCCGAGAUCCGUCGUUUAAGCGUUACUUUUACCUGUUGGAAAACUUGGCCUUUGUUAAAUCGUUCAAUAUGUGCUUCGAACUGGAGGAUUGUCAGGAGAUAUUUUACGAACUGUUUAGCACCGUAUUUAAGAUAAUCAACGAUCAGCACAGCGUCAAAGUGAAAAACUUUUUCCUGGAUGUGCUAAGUCCUUUGAUUACAGAGGCGGAUAAUUUAUCAGUGGAGCUUUUGGAUUUGAUUCUUAUAAAUAUUGUGGAACCCAAUAAGUCAGCCAACAAACAUGCCUAUCAGCUGACGGAACAGUUGCUCAUUAAAACCGGUGAAGCCUUGGAGUCCCCCAUUAAAAUAUUCUUCAAUCAAGUUUUAGUACUGGAUAAGCCCAACCCUAAGCUGGCAAUUUCACAAAAAAUCUAUGAUAUCAUUUACGAGCUUAACCAGAUCAAUGGUGAAGUGUUGUGCUCAGUAUUGCCGCAGCUGGAGAAUAAGCUGCUGUCUACCGAUGAUGCCGAGCGAUUGAGAGCCACCACAUUGCUAGCGCGCAUGUUUUCUGAAAAGGACUCCCAGCUGUCCAAGAAAUAUCAAUGGUUGCUUCGGGUCUUUUUUGGACGGUUCUGUGACAUUACCGAAUCCGUACGCGUUAAGUGCGUGCAGUCAUCCAUGCACUUUUUACUCAAUCAUCCACACCUGCAGGCCGACAUCACUGAAAAGUUGCGUCUGCGUAAUCACGAUUUGGAUGAGAUGGUGCGACAUGAGGUAGUAAUGGCCAUUGUUGAGACGGCCAAGCGUGAUUUUAAAAUUGUAGCCGAAGCGCCAGAGCUGCUGGAAAUUGUACGAGAGCGCACGCUUGAUAAGCGUUACAAGAUCCGUCGUGAUGCUAUGAAUGGCUUAGCCUACAUUUACAAACGUGCUAUUUGUGAACCAAACGAUUUGAGCGAGGAGGUGAAACAGCAAGUGGACUGGAUAAAGAACAAGAUUCUGCAUGGCUAUUACAAAGUGGGCCUGGAAGAUCGCUUGCUAGUGGAACGUUUGCUGAUUACCUGCCUUGUACCGUACAAACUUGCUCCAGAGGAGCGCAUGAUGAAACUGUAUCAUCUUCUUGGUGAUUUGGAUGCCAAUGCUACCAAGGCAUUUGUAGAGCUACAAAAGAAUCAAAUGAAGACCCGUAAUACAGUUAGCGAGUGGGUAAAGCUGCAUAACUCCAAGGAAUUUACGCCACGCCUGCUGAAUCAGCUAAGCGCCAAGCAAGCGACCAUAGCUAAAUUACUGCCUGAUCCGUUGAAGGCUGCCGAGUAUCUAACACAAUUCAGCACGAAUAUGCGCAAGGAUGCACAGCUGCUGCGCUGCAUUCAUAUCGUACUAAAGCGCGACGUAAGCUGCAAGGAGUGCACAGACACCAUGUCCGUGCUGCUCAAGAAACUGGGCGCACAUGUGAUGACAAAUCUGUACUACAAUACGGUGAAAAUGCUUAUUGAGCGAGUUGCCUCGGUCAUGGUAGAUAAGGAGUCAAUUGGUGUGCUCAUAGGACUCAUUGAGAAAUGCAUACAGGGAGAUGGAAAAAUAUGCGAGGAAAUUGGCAUAAAGCGUCAUGAGGCGGGUGAGCGCGGCCUGAAGCUAUUAAGCAUGCUAUCCUACGUGUUUUCCGCGCAUUUCUUUACGGACACAACGCUGCGUCAUUUGAUUGCAUUGUUAAGCUAUGAGCAUGAAUAUGUCGCUCCACUUGUGCUAAAAACGCUUACGCAUCUGGGUCGCUACCAGCCGCUCAUUGACGAGGCCUACCCUACAAUUCUCGAAGAAUUAGCCCCAAUCUGCAAGGACUUUGCUCUGAUGGGCACCCCCAAACAGGCAAAGCAUGCGGUGCGUUGCAUUUUCGUUAACAGUCAAUCAUCUGCAGCUACAGAUGGUGCAGGUGGUGGCGGUUGUGGUAACAGCGGCGGUGCCGCCUCAACCACUACGCAGACCGUGCACCAAAUUUUCAAUGAAAUAAUUGAAGCUUUGCGCAUUGGUCUUGUACCCAAUUGCGAGUAUCAGCGCACAAUGAUUGUCACGCUCGGCCACAUUGCCUAUAAUAUGCCACAAGCGUUCCUUAUACCUGUUAAAAAUAUGAUCGCUCGUCGCAUAGUGAAGGAGUUACUUAUCCAGGAGGUGCCGGCGCAGCGGGAAUACGAUUUGCCCGAGGAAGAGUGGUGUGAGCAAGAGGAUCUUCCACCCGAUACGCUCUGUAAACUGGACGCUCUGAAGACAAUGGCACGCUGGCUGCUUGGUUUGCGUACUGAUGUACACGCGGCCCAAAAAACAUUCCGCAUGUUGGCAGCAUUCGUGAAUCAACGCGGCGAUUUGCUAGCCCAAAACCGUCUGGUUCCCGCCGAGAAGUCUUGGCUGCGUCUGGGUGCUGCUUGUGCUAUGCUCAAGGUAUGCGAGCAAAAGGGCGUUGGUGAUCAGUUCAGCGCUGAGCAAUAUUUGCAGUUGUCCCAGUUAAUGGUUGACCCCGUGCUGGAAGUACGCGAUGUUUUUGCCCGCAAGCUGCACAAAGGUCUAGGCAAAGGAUUACCACGUAACUGCCUGCCUUUGGACUUUAUGGGAUACUAUGCGCUUGCGGGUCUUGAAACUGAUAGAAAAUUGCAUGAUCAGGUGCGUCAUUAUGUCGAGACGGAUGUGAAUAGACGACGCGAAUAUCUCAAAACUGUCGCAAUGACAUCGCCCGACAGCUCCACAGAGUCUCAAUCUCUGCACAUAUUACCUGACUAUAUGCUGGCUUUCGCCAUACCGGUGCUGGUUAACGAGCCAAGCUUUACUAAUCACCAGGACUAUGCUCAGCUACGGAAAAUGGAGAAAUGUUUGCGCUUCAUUCUUGAAUUGCUAAUGGCCAAACGAGAGUCUUUUGUAUACGGAUUUUACAAACAACUGCUGGAACUCAUAAAACAAAGGGAGUAUAGCCCUGGCGCCGACAAGGAUCGCAUGCAGAAUAACUACAAAAUGUGGGCACUCUCUGACCUCGCGAUGCACAUAAUUGAUGCCAAAAUCGGCCAGUGUGAAAGCGCAAAGGGCACAUUUUCGAUGCCAUUGCAGCUGCCUGAUAUGUACUUUAAACAGCCCGCCGAUCCAAAUUUCCAGAAUACUGAAAUUUACAUACCCCUGGAUAUAUACACGCUGGGCGAAGGUAUUCCGAGAACAAGUAAAGCCCCGACGAACGCGACAUUGGGGCGCAACGUGGAGAAACGGAAUUCUGAUGUUUUGAUGCUGGAAGAUGACAAUUCCCAGGAGAACAAUCUGUUCGACAACAUACGCGUUGCCGACACAACCGAGCCUAUGGCAAAGCGUACGCGCGGCGCUGCAGCUGCUGCCAAAUCGUAGAGAAAAGCGUGGGUAUUGCUUUUCAAUAAAAGAUAAAUUGUUAGUUUAGUUAUAGGCUAGGUACCUAAGUUAAUUAUUUAUUUAAGGCGAAAGAUUAAUCUAGUUGUUAAACCGCCACUACCUACAAUACACUACAUACAAUCUACCCAACAGUUAAUCGGUGAUGUCAGAAAUAUUUCAAGUUUGUACAUUUAGGAAACAAUGGGAAUGACCCUCAACUAACAGACCAAUACACGACUCAAAGCGCAGCAGAUCAUAGGUUUCGCAUAAGUUAAUCUUUCCUAGUUAUUAUUUUGAUAAUGCAUAUUUUAUACUUUGGUUUUAUUCGUUUCGUAAAAAGUUGUGUUUUCUUGUUUUAUUGAGAAAUUUUAAGGACAUUUUUAACAAUUUACGGGUUUAGGGAAGCGAAAAAGCGAAACAUCCAUACAUUCAGAGUAUCGAAUAAUGCAAAAACAUAAUCUAAAUUAGUUUAUAAACAAUUUUAACAUAUAUUUUAGUGUGUAAUGCUUAAUGGCAUAAAUUUGUUAAAUUGUAGUGUAAUGAGAUACGUUCAAAGAGCCUUAUUAAGAAAUUAAAAUCAACAUUUUCUAUUUGCAGUAACAAUUUAGUUAAUAUUAAAGCAUACAUAUAUACAUAAAUCAUAUAAAUAUACAGACAAACAGAGUAUGCAUUACAAAUGUAUUAAUUUCGAUUAAACGUGGUAAGCUAACAUUGUACAUUUAAAUAUUAUUACUGUUUUCAAAUACAAUUAUUUAUAAUAAGUAAAAACCAAA